GGCGGUACGGGCAGAGCGGCGGCGGAGCCGGGGUGAGCGCGUUUUGCCGUGUCCAGAGCCAUGCCCGGGCUGUGGGAGAGGCUGGCGGGCGGCGAGCGGGGCCGCCUGGAGACCUCCGACUGCGAGUCGCUGGGCAGCGCCUCCGGCUCGGAGGGAGAUGCCGAGUACGCCGAGGGUGUCUCCCUGCCGGACCUGGACCUGGAGCUGCUGCACGAUCCCGAGGAUGAGCUGCUGUGYGCCAGCCUGCUGGACGUGGUGCAGGCCACGCUGGGCCGGGCCCCGCUGGGCUCCAAGCGCUGCUCGCGGCUCCUGAUGCCGGCCCAGCUGCAGGCGCAGGUGCGGACGGAGCUGCUGCGCCUGGCGUGCAGCGAACCCUGCGGGCUGCGCGGGGCCCUGCUCGACCUGUGCGUGGAGCACGGYAAAGCCUGCCACGACGUGGGGCACAUCGCCGCCGACCCCGCCGUGGUGCCCACCUUCCAGCUCACGCUGGUGCUCCGCCUGGACUCCCGCCUCUGGCCCAAGAUCCAGGGACUCUUCGGCUCGGGGCCGGCGUUCGCGCCGCUGAAGCUGAGCACGGGCUUCCGAGUGAUCAAGAAGAAGCUGUACAGCUCCGAGCAGCUGCUCAUCGAGGAGUGUUGAGGGCCCGGCGGAGGAGCCACUUCCCAAGCGCUUUGGAAGAAGCGGGCGGAGCGUGGCGGCUCCUGGCAGCCGCUGUAGUUUAGGUUAGGCUGGAGUAGGGCUGUAGGUGGAAGUAGUUCGGGCGGGCUGAGGUCCCCGUGGGGGCCCGUCUGUGCCGGGACAUCCCUGGCGUGGAGCAGCCGGGACCCGGCUGGAGGUCGCUUCACGCCUUCCUUCAGUCGGUGACUGUGGCACCAUCCCGGAGGCGGCAGCGGGGCUGCCGGAGCGGCGCUGGGCUCCUGACGGCCGAUGGAUCGCAUCGGGGGGUUUUGUAUCCAGGAUUGUAAUCAGUGGGGUCUCAGGGGGAGGGGGAGCGUGGGAGCGAAUGACGGCCGAGGUGGSGUCUGCAUCAAAGCCCAGCGCCGGCUCCCGGGCUCUGGAAUCGUGUCUGGGAUCACGGGAGGGUGUGAUCACCCCGUGAGGGGCCGGAGGGCAGGACCCCCGGCCCCGACACGCUGGGGGCACUGCGUCGGUUCCAGUUUACACUCAUACACUUGAUGUUCAAGUGCGAGAAUUCCUAUGCAAUCGUGUUCGGGUGGUUUUUUUACUUUUCUAAUAAAAUUUGUCUUGAUUGAUAA